CUGCCCUCUCCCCUCCCACUCUCUCCCGGACUUCUUGACUGAGGCACUUCUUGCCUCGCCGCGCGCCGUCUUCCCGGCGGCCACCGACCCCUCACCAUUUCCCACCUCCGCCUCGUCCUCCCAUUCCCCAGAACCUCCCUCUGCUCCUGCGUAGCUCCGCACCAAGCAGUAGCUGGGCAUCUAAUCUAGCUCGAGGCUGCCGGCGCCGAGCCAGCGCUCACGGCGGCGCAUCUACCUUGGCUCGGCCCUCCACGCUCCUUCACGGCGCGCGGAUUCGCCGGAACCUACCUCCUCCUCGUCUACCCCGACCACCGCGGCUCGGCAUCCAGUAUACGGUCUUCUGCCUCGCCUCCGGCCACCUGCGCACCAGGUACUCGACAUUAUUCCCCUGCGGGAGUUCUGUUAUGUUCUUGGCCAGACGACCAUCUGGGUUGUCUAACAUCAGCAGGCUCUGCAUCCUCCACACCGUUUCCUGGAUACUUUCGUCGCGGCGGUCACGAUUCAGCGCCGGCAGCGACAAUGCCACCACAAAUCCAGUCGGCCGGCUGUCGGAGCUUUUCCGGCCGGUCCGGAUGGAGAUCAGCGGCGUCAUCUUGCGGGCACUGGAACGCGGCGCGUGUUCGGAGCCGGUGGAGCUGGAGAGGCUCGACGUCGAGCUGGACCCUUUUGUUGUCAACCUGGUGGUCCGGGGCUUGUCGGACUCGGAGACAGCGGUGCGGUUUUACCGGUGGGCGGAGUCACGCCCGGGGUUCGGUCAUAGCCAGUUCGCGAUAGCGUACAUUGCGAGCUUGCUGUUUAUCGAUGGCAAUUUCGCUCUGCUGUCGGAGUUCAUGGGGACAGUGAGGGGCCAGGGGGUGGCGUUGCAUCGGUCUCUGUAUCGGAUCCUUCUGUCGGGCUAUGUCCGAGCUGGCAAGUUCGACUUGGUCAUAGAGACGUUUGAUGAGAUGGUCAUGUCUGGCUGCCGUGAGUUUGGUGUCGAUUACAAUAGGUACAUAGGUGUUCUAAUUAAGAAUUGUUGUUUUGAUUUGGUGGAGAAAUACUAUGGCAUGGCGCUCGAGAAAGGGUUUUGCCUGACUGCGUUCACUUACUCGAGGUGGAUCUCUGCAUUGUGUCAGUCAAACAGGAUUGAGCUUGUACAGGAGCUUCUGGCUGACAUGGAUAGAUUUGGGUGCUCUCCGGAUAUUUGGGCUUGUAAUAUAUACAUCGAUUCUUUGUGUAAACAGAACAGGUUACAUGAUGCACUGCAGAUGCUAGAGAAGAUGCGGGGGGAAGGAACCAGCCCAGAUGUUGUGACUUACACAACAGUUGUUGGCUGUUUAUGUAACAAUAAGCAGUUUGCAGAAGCUGUUGGACUUUGGGAAGAAAUGGUUAAGAGGGGCCUGAAACCUGAUGUUGUAGCAUGUGGUUCACUGAUCUUUGGGCUGUGCAAGAAUAGCAAGGUAGAAGAGGCUUUUGAACUAGCAUCGAGGAUGUUAAGUCUGAACAUAGAACUGAGUGUCUCAAUAUACAACGCCCUAAUAAGUGGCUUCUGGAGAGCUGGGGACAUUGAUAAAGCCCACAACAUCAUAUCCUUCAUGCGGACAAACGGAUGUGAGCCAGAUGUUGUUACAUAUAAUAUCCUUUUGAAUCAUUACUGCACUGUAGGUAUGAUUCAGAAAGCUGAAAAAUUGAUAACAAAGAUGGAAACAAGCGGUGUAAAUCCUGACCGGUACAGUUACAAUCAGUUGUUAAAAGGACUCUGCAAGACUCAUCAACUGGACAAGGCAUUUGCUUUUGUUUCCGAUCAUAUGGAAGUUGGUGGCUUCUGUGAUGUUGUAUCCUGUAAUAUAUUGAUUGAUGCAUUUUGCAAGGCCAAAAAGGUAAAAUCUGCAUUGGAGCUGUUCAAGGAAAUGGGUUAUAAGGGAAUGCAAGCUGAUGCUGUGACAUAUGGAACUCUUAUCAAUGGUCUUUUCAGUGUAGGAUACCACAAUCUAGCUGAAGAACUUUUUGAGCAGAUGUUGAAGGCUCAGAUUGACCCUAAUGUUAAUCUGUACAAUAUUAUGCUUCAUCACCUGUGCAAGGUUGGUCAUCUAAGACGUGCUCAGAAAAUAUUUGCACAUAUGAUUCAGAAGGAAGUCUUACCUGACACUGUUACUUAUAACACACUCAUAUACUGGCUUGGAAAAAGGUCAAGAGCAAUUGAAGCCCUUGAUCUGUUCAAGGGUAUGAAGACAAGGGGGGUAGAGCCAGAUAGCUUGACAUUUAAGUAUUUGAUAAACGGUCUCCUGGACGAGGGGAAAUCUACACUAGCUUAUGAGGUAUGGGAAUAUAUGAUGGAGAAUGGUAUCAUUCUUGACAGAGAAGUUUCUGAAAGGUUGAUAACUGUGCUUAAAUCGAAGAACAAGUAACUGCCAAGUUCUUGGAGAGGUUUAUCCACUAGAGUUUUGCAUGGCUCUGCUGCCUCCGUGCAGCUACCUUCAGAGCUACUAUAGUUGAUUCUGAGCUCCUCGUGCAGUUGCGCUCAACUUUGCUGCACUCCUGGUAUGAAUGUACAUUAUCUGGACCAGACGUCCAGACCCAUGGCAGACAUGCGAAAUUAGCAGCAAUGGACAAGGUGUGGUCUCCAAAUGCAUCUUGAGUAACUGUAUUGUUGGCCCAAGUUGUCAACUUAUUCAUGAGAAGGUCUGCAAAAAUAUAACUGUGAGGGUAGAAGCAAUAGCCUGUUUCCGUAAAAUGAAUAUGAACAGGCUAAAUUCAGUAAGCAACUGCAAAUGGAUUCAUCUAUAUCCUUCGGAUCUCCUGGGUCUCAGGACGGAUACUUUUAAGAAUGAAGAGUAUGAAAACGAAGUGUCUUGAUAUCUUAGUCUGAUAUCCUCCAGUGAUGAGUUGUUACCUUGAGUUGUUCGUGGCUGUACAGAGGAAUGACCUGGGAGGAGGAUAUUUGGACUUUUGGAGGUGGAUUUGGAAACUAGAAUGCCCGGCGAAGGUCCAUCAUUUCCUGUGGAGAUUUGUCAUAACAGAGACCCAUUGCAUAUGAACAUUGCAAGAAGAGGGGUUCAGCUGGAUAUCGGAUGUGCCGUAUGGCACAAGUUUUGUUCGACAGCGGCCAUUUGUCUCCAAGAGUAGCUAAGCAGCACUUAGGUGACGAAGGAGCAAGCCUUUCGGCCCAUGCUCAUGUGUGCAGCUUUUAGAAGCUGCGGAGAUCCUGGAACCAGAUGAUGGCAGAUGUUUGAAGACUGCCCAGGUUUGUGUUUUUCUUCGUCCCUGGCACUGGAAACUAUAUGGAAUCUGUAACGAAGAUGUAAUGCCCUUCGGGGCUGAGGGUUUUGCCUCUUUGUUUUUUUCUUCUCAGUUUUGAUAAAGGAAUAUACAGAACGUGCAGUCGCUGCUGGUAAGGGGAGUUCUGUGAUAGCGCUGACACUGACAGCCUACUGAUGCUGUAUGUGCUGAACGGUAUCAUCAUCCCAUAAACAAGCAUACAGAUAGAUGAACCAGACCCAUCGGGGUUUUGCCCGCCAAUCUUAACUUGUGCUCUGUUGUUUCAGAUCCUUCAAAUUUCUGUAUUUUUCUUUUGAAAGUUGAUUAUUAUUCAGUUGCAUUCGUCGAUACAAGUUUUUGUAUA